AUGCUAAAAGGCACAACCUUGGGCUGCAUAAGGCAGUUCUCCUCAACUUUGGCCAAGCCCUCGCACAUAGGGAAAGCUCCAAUCAGAUUGUUGCCUGGUGUUGAAUGUUCUGUGGAGAGAAUCCCCUUCGAGUUUACCAAGUCUUUCACUAAGAAGAGACACACCUUCCAGCUCAACAAGCAGCUCGUAGUCCGUGGUCCCAUGGGAACUUUGAAGUCUGUUGUUCCAGACUUUGUCGAUAUUUCUGUCGAUAACGGCGCCGUUCACGUUUCUGUGGAAGACCCAUCCAACAAGUACCAGAGAAGUUCCUGGGGAACCUCGAGAGCUAUUCUCCACAACAACGUCAUCGGCACCUCCGAGGGACACUUGGCUAUUGUCAAGUUGGUCGGUACAGGUUACAGAGUCACCGUUGAAAAGGAAGGUGAAACCACAUUUGUUCACGUGAAGGUGGGACUUCCAUACAUCCCAAAGGUCAAGGUGCCAGCCGGAAUCGAGGCCACCUCGCCCAACCCCUCUAGAUUGUUGCUUCAAGGUAUUGACAAGCAGCAGGUUAACUUGUUCGCUGCCACCAUCAGAAAGAUCAAGAAGCCUGAGCCAUACAAGGGUAAGGGUAUUUACGUUAAUGGUGAGACCAUUCAAUUGAAGCAGAAGAGAAUUAAGUAG